AUGGCGCUCCGCGGCGUCGCUCUGUGGACCGUGGUGGCACUGCUUGCUGCGGUCAGUGCUGCGGCGCAUCCGUCGUGCCCGGCUACGCCACCGGACUCAGGAGCAACCCUGCAGGUCUCGCACGCGUUCGGGCCGUGCUCGCCGCUGGGCAACGACGCGGCCGCGGCGCCGUCGUGGACGGGGUUCCUCGCGGACCAGGCCUCCCGGGACACGUCGCGGCUGCUGUACCUCGACUCGCUGGCCGUGGCCGGGCGCGCGUACGCGCCGAUCGCGUCCGGGCGGCAGCUGCUGCAGACGCCGACGUACGUGGUGCGCGCUCGCCUGGGAACCCCGCCGCAGCAGCUCCUGCUCGCCGUCGACACCAGCAACGACGCGGCGUGGAUCCCGUGCUCCGGGUGCGCGGGCUGCCCCACCGCCAGCCCCUUCAACCCGGCUGCGUCCACCUCGUACCGCGCCGUGCCCUGCGGCUCGCCGGCGUGCGCGGGGGCGCCGAACCCGUCGUGCUCGCUCAACACCAAGUCCUGCGGCUUCAGCCUCACCUACGCCGACUCCUCCCUCGAGGCCGCGCUGUCCCAGGACUCCCUCGCCGUCGCCAACAACGUCGUGAAGAGCUACACCUUCGGCUGCCUCCAGAAGGCCACCGGCACGGCCGCGCCGCCGCAGGGCCUGCUGGGGCUCGGCCGCGGGCCGCUGUCGUUCCUGUCCCAGACCAAGGACAUGUACGAGGGCACCUUCUCCUACUGCCUCCCGAGCUUCAAGUCCCUCAACUUCUCCGGCACGCUCCGGCUCGGCCGCAAGGGCCAGCCGCUGCGGAUCAAGACCACGCCGCUGCUCGCCAACCCGCACCGCUCCUCGCUCUACUACGUCGGCAUGACCGGCGUCCGCGUGGGAAAGAAGGUGGUGCCCAUCCCGCCCUCCGCGCUGGCCUUCGACCCGGCCACCGGCGCCGGCACCGUGCUGGACUCCGGCACGAUGUUCACCAGGCUCGUGGCGCCGGCGUACGCGGCCGUGCGCGACGAGGUCCGCCACCGCAUCCGCGGGGCACCGGUCUCCUCCCUCGGCGGGUUCGACACCUGCUACAACACGACGGUGAAGUGGCCCCCCGUCACGUUCAUGUUCACCGGCAUGCAGGUGACGCUGCCGCAGGAGAACCUGGUGAUCCACAGCACGUACGGCACCACCAGCUGCCUGGCCAUGGCGGCGGCCCCCGACGGCGUCAACACGGUGCUCAACGUCAUCGCCAGCAUGCAGCAGCAGAACCACCGCGUCCUCUUCGACGUGCCCAACGGCCGCGUCGGCUUCGCCCGCGAGCAGUGCACCACAGCUUAG